AUGUGUGUUAGUUUAUCGACUGGUGUACCUUCUGUAACAAGUAUUUGCUGCAAAACAUGUGUGCCAAGUCCGAAUGCUUUGUUGUAUGCAGCUGUUCAACUUAAAAUAACUGCAGCGUCAUAUGUGAGCGAUGCACCAAAAAGAGGAACAGCACCAACAAUACCUGAUCCGGUUGACCAUAGCCAUGCAUCAAACGCUGGAUAUUUACCAGAAUGUACCUGCUUAGAAGAAUCUCUUCUCACUGCCGCUUUUAGUUUUCAAGAAGCUUCAUGA